UCCCUCCAUCCAAAAAUCCCAAACCCCGGUUCAAACAAUUCCCGCCAAAAUCGUAAUAAAUCUUCCAUUUCUUUCCUGCUCUUCUCCCAUGUAUAAAAAGCUCACCUUCAUCUUGAAAGUUGAAACCUUUCUUACAAGCUGAAAAACGCCUCUGCACACGCUAUCUAAAGCUAAUUCAAAGCAGACAUGGAAUCAGCAGCUCCAAAACCAAACGCUAAUUCUAAGAACCAAAGCCCUAACAUCCACCAUAUUGGUGGAAUCCCCGUAGAGUUUCCUUACAAGCCGUACGGUUCCCAGCUCGCGUUCAUGGCUAGAGUCAUCUCAACCCUAGAUCGCGCUCAGAGACAAGGCCACUGCCACGCAUUGCUCGAGUCGCCUACCGGCACCGGAAAAUCGUUGUCUCUCCUUUGUUCCACCCUCGCGUGGCAGCAGCAUUACCGAUCGAGGAAUGUAAAUGCCAGUCUUCCUCAUGCGAAGCCCGCUCCAGAGACAUUCGCUUAUGGUGGUGGUGGAUUUAUUCCUGAAACGGAGUCUUCAAGUAAUAUUGUAUCUGAAAACGUGGAGGCAGCUCCAUCAGCAACUAAUUCUAAGAGUUCAAAGAAAAAGACAGUACCCACCAUCAUUUAUGCCUCGAGGACACAUUCGCAAAUUAGUCAACUGAUUCGUGAAUACCGCAAAACAUCUUAUCGUGUGCCAAUGGCAGUUUUGGCAUCACGGAAACACUACUGUACCAACAAACGUUUACGUGGGAAAGAGAAUGUUCAAGAAGAAUGUAAGCUGCUUUUGAAGGACCAAGUCAUAGGAUGUCCAGAAUUCAAGAAUGCACAUAAAGUCAAAUAUCAUCCAUCCCUCCAGAAAGGUGGAUGCUAUGAAGUCCAUGAUAUUGAAGAUGUUGUGAAAGUUGGGCAACUGGUCAAAGGCUGUUCGUACUUUGGAGCAUGGGGUCUGUCAGAAGAUGCUUGGUUAAUUUUCUGUCCAUAUAAUUAUGUCAUCAGUCCAAUAAUUCGGAGAGGAAUGGAAGUGGAUCUUAAAGGAGCAAUUGUGAUUCUUGAUGAAGCCCACAACAUAGAGGACAUGGCACGUGGUGCUGGUAGUGUGGAAGUUGAAGAAGAUAUGCUGUACACAUUGCAGAUGGAGUUGGGGCAAUUGUCCUUGGCUGAUGCAGUGACUUAUCAACCAUUACAUGAGACAAUUCAGGGAAUCAUCAGUUGGAUGGGCAGCAGAAAAUGUACCUUAGAGAAGCGUGAAUUUCAGCGUUUUUGCUCAUGUUGGACUGGUGAUAAGGCUUUAGUCGAGCUUCAAGAAGCUGGUAUUUCUCAGCAGUGUUUUCCAAUCUUGAAACAGUGUGCUAACAAAGCAAUCAGAGCUGCAUCAGAUGCAGAGUCAGAGGGACCUCAUUUAAGUGGCAUGUCAGUGGCAAUACUAGAAGGGCUCUUCUGUUCCCUUAGUUAUUUUUUCUCUGAAAAUGGGCUUCAUGUGCCUGAUUAUCAGCUUGCAUUACAGCAAUAUGUCAAAAGAGACGCUGGGCAUGCUUCUAGUGGCUGGACAUAUUCCUUGAGUCUUUGGUGUUUGAAUCCUGCUGUUGUAUUCAAGGAAAUUGCUGAUCUAUCUAUGUCAGUGAUUCUUACAUCAGGGACAUUGUCCCCAAUGGGAUCUUUCUCAUCUGAACUUGGUGUUCAGUUUGAAACUUGUAUGGAGGCUCCACAUGUAAUUGAUGUGGAAUCACAGCUUUGGGCUGCUGCUAUUUCUACUGGUCCAGGGAAUUACCCAUUGAAUGCUAGUUACAAAACAGCUGAUGGAUAUGCUUUCCAGGAUGCACUUGGUGCUUCUGUAGAGGAAAUUUGCAAGAUUGUGCCAGCUGGUGCUCUUGUUUUCUUCCCCAGCUAUAAAUUGAUGGAAAAGCUAUGCAAUCGUUGGCGUGAAACAGGUCAAUGGUCUCGAUUAAAUGCACAAAAGACUCUAUUUGUUGAGCCUAGAGGAAACCAAGACGAGUUUGAGCCUGUUUUGAAGGGUUAUUAUGAUGCAAUUCAUGGUGGUACUAGACUUUCUUCUGGUAAAAGCAGAAGAGGAAAAAAGCAGGGCACCAAUCACUCUGAUUUGGCAUCCCCACAAAAUUGUUCAAAAAGGGGUGCUGCUUUUCUUGCUGUUUGCCGGGGAAAGGUCUCAGAAGGAAUUGACUUUUCUGAUGAAAAUGCUCGGGUAGUUAUAAUUGUUGGCAUUCCAUUCCCAAACAUAAAUGAUAUGCAAGUUGCACAAAAAAAGAAAUAUAAUGACACCUACAGGUUAUCAAAGAACCUUCUAAGUGGGAGUGAGUGGUACUGUCAACAAGCAUUUCGUGCUUUAAACCAGGCAGCAGGUCGUUGCAUACGCCAUAGGUUUGACCAUGGAGCUAUCAUCUUAAUGGAUGAACGGUUUAGGGAAGAAAGGAAUAUGGCAUACAUCUCAAAGUGGCUAAGGAAAUCCAUCAAACAGUAUGACAACUUCAACAUGUUUUUGGAGGGACUGAGAUCCUUUUCCCAAGAUGCUAAGGAACAGUUGGGUCAAAAAGUAAUGGAAGCAGUAGAAAAUUCAGUUUUGAAUGAUGAAAAUGCCCAUUCCACAAAACAAAAACUGUUGAGCAAGGCAGGUCCCAAAAAGAAAAAUCAGAUGAUGGACAAAUCAAAUCAUUAUAAUGGCUGGGGCAUAGUUUCUAACAAUAUAACAGCAACUGAAAAGUCUGGUCAUCUGUCACAAAUUUUAACUUGGGAUUAUACCAAUUCUUCCCAAUUUAAAGAUCAUGACAUUGUUGAAGCAGCUGAACCUGUUCAGGUGGAUGAUAAAGCUACGGCUAUUCAGCACAAUAUUGACCCAAAAUAUUUGAGGAGUCCUGAUAUUUUUGUAGUCAAGGAGACACCAGAAAUGAGUGAGGCAAUCAAUAUUUCUAGCCCUGGAGCCCUCUCUAAAGAGAAUUCAGAUUCAACUAUAGUUCAGGCCUCAACUGAUUCUCCAGGCCAACUAUCCUGCCAUUCAGCAUCCUACACAAAUUCAAGCAGAAAUGUUUCCAAGGUUACAUGUAGUUUGGUGGUUACUCCUGAAAGAAAUAUCAAUGGGCACAUAGAAUCAUCUUUGAACUUGAGUGUAAAUUCCCACACCCAGAAACGAAGAAUUGAGUGUAUUAGGAACUUCACUGCAUCUAGAGAUGUGGACCAAAGCAUCGAGUUUAGUAUGGAUGCCGAUAACUCAGAGUGUAAAUACACAGAUUAUAGUUAUGGUGCAUCAUCUUUAUCUUCUGAUCCUACUAUGGAAAGGAAACUUCACAUCUGUUGCUCAAUUUGCAGAACUCCCCUGGGUUUGCCUGAGAACAAUUUCCUUGUUGUAUGUUUGUUGACUUUGUCUUCAAAAUUUCAUGUGGCAUCUCUUGUCAAAGGUGGACUAGAUUCUCCAUCCAGAAAUGGACCAGGUGUUCCAGUUGUCAUUUCUGAGGUUUCAUCUGUUGAUCAGCGACUCUGUAAUAGGCCUGCUAACAAAAGUGCUUCAAAGCAUGGUGUCUGGUGUGAGGAAGAUGGUUGCGUUUUCAAUACCAUUUUCUGCCCCUUCUGCGGUCCCCCAAGUUUCUGUCUUGGGCUGCAAAUUGUGGCAGCUGAUGCACAAAAUGUUCAUCUACUUAACAGGAUAAUGUUUUUUCUUGAACGUUUGGAAAUCAAGGAUCCUGAUACACAAAAAGAGGAGAAUAUCUUGCCACGUAGUCACUUUGAUGUUGGCCAGACUGUAGUUUUGCCUUUGAAUGAUAAAUUCUCUUGCUCUCCACCACAACCGAAUUCUGGAGGUUGGAGGACCAAAAGAGCCAAGCUUAAAUUAGCUAAGAAAGGUCUGCUUUCUAAAUCAAAGGAUCAGGGUUGACCUAAACAAGAGAUUCUGCACAGAUCUGAAUUAUCUGUUUAAAUGGUAAACCUAAAUUUGGCAAACCCUCCACCUAUUUCUCUGUCCUGCAAAUGGUGAAAAUACAAGGUCAAAUAAAACUCCAGAGGUGGUUUUGUUGAAAGCUUGAUAGUUCACACUGGUGGUGUGACUAAUUUUUCUAAUUUUUUCAGGCCUAAGUCAUGGUCCUUGUGAAUUGAGAAUAGAAAGAGGAUCUUUAACUGCUGCAUUACAUGAUACCAAGUCUAACUCUCUCAAGACCCUGGAUAACCGGAACCAGGUAAUGAUUUUUUGUUGACGUCUGCAUUACAAUACAUCUGACCGAAGCUGGUGCCUCUGUUGUGGCUGUGACCUCAUUUUUGCUGACGGAUAAGUUUUAUCUGUAAUAUUUGUUUUGUAUUCCAAUUAUCAAUAGCCUCUGGCUUCCGGAAGUCGAUAAUCUUGGCUGUCCAUAAGCGCUGGUAAGCUAAAUGGGAGCUUGGUGUUGCCUUCCCCCUGCUGGUGAUUUAAACACGGGAAGGGGAAUGUUAUGAAUGUCAAGGGUGUCCAAGGGGGGAAAGGGAAUGUCAGUUACAUGUAUUUAAGUGCAUGAAUAACAAGUCUUCUCUGAAUAUUUUUGUUUAUAGUAGAGAUGUAUCUUUUUUAUAUCUUAUUUGGAGGAAUUGAGGUAGGUUAUGUUGGGUCUGAUUUUGUAAUGUCAUUUUAAUAUUCUUGGGA